AACAGCCAUCGAAACAGAAGAGAAAAGAGAAGCUUGGCAUCUGCACUGUGCCGUGUGUAUUGCUUUGAGUUGCGAAUUGCCACCUCUCGAAUUCAUGAGCAUGACGGCAAAUAUGGGCAGCUGGGCCCAACUACGGCAGCAAGCACGAUCGCAGGAGACGCAGACCGAGUCUCUCUUCCAUACUUACGCGCAAUUUGCCUCCAAAACCGACCUGGACCCGCAGCCUAGCGAGGUUGAGCGGCGCACCGAAGAGCAGCUCAUUCAGCUAUUAGAGAAGGUCGUCCUCUUCCCCCUUUCACUUGACACGCGGCGAGCGGCGAGCGGACCCGCUGGGCUUGAUACUACGUUGCAAUGCACUGUGCUGUACUGACGGUGUCCCUCAGCGUACUGCAACCCUCGCCUCCCUCCAGAGGAGCCUCGACUCAGAACCUACGCCGUCAGCUCUCAAAUCGACAAACUUGGCACGCCACCGCGAGAUUCUCUCCCAGCACCGAUCCGAAUUGUCGCGCCUCAAAUCGCAAAUCUCGCAGUCUCGCGAUCGCGCCAAUUUGCUUUCUAACGUUCGCAAAGACAUUUCCUCGUACCGGAAUGCGCAGAAUCCGGAAGCACAGGAGGCCGAGUACAUGCUACAGGAACGAAACCGGCUUGAUCGUUCCCACAAUGUGGCCGACAGUGUGCUCAGUCAGGCAUACGCCGUGAACGAGAGUUUCGGUCUGCAAAGAGAGAGCUUAGCCGGCAUCCAGAGGAGGAUCACUGGUGCAGCAGCACAGAUCCCUGGCAUCAACGGCUUGAUGCAGAGAAUUGGUAGCAAGAAGCGAAGAGACGGCAUUAUAUUGGGCUCCUUUAUCGCUAUCUGCUUCUUGGUGCUGUUAUGGUUCUGGUGAAUAGUCAUGGGAUACGACGAGAACUUCCGUUGCUCGGCAUCCUUAUGAUUUCUCCGGUGUAUCUGCGCACUUGCGCCUCGACACUCGUGCCUUUGGAACACUUACCACUCGCAAAAAUUGCGUGGACAGGAAGAGUCACUCCGACCAGACCGAGGGCGUGAUCAAAAUGGACGAGCUGAUUAUGCUUGAAUCCAUGCCACCACGUUUGUAUCUGCAACAGCAAGCCGAUCGACCCGACGAAGCCAGGCUCGGGUUCAAUGCCCUGCGCCUUCAGGUGAAAUCAACGCUGGCCUCCCCUCCGAGGAAUUGUUCUUCCGAGUGCUCCAAUCUUGGCCACCAGCCUACUAUAAUGUAUCGAUUGGAUACACUGGUGCGCACUCGUUGGACAUGGAUCGAACAUGUUGAGGGUGCGAAGAAGAGUCCCGGGUUCUCGGCAAACGUCAACCUUGGACGUGCUACGACAGCGGCACUGCACAAAGGGCUGGAAAUCUUUGCUCGGGUCGUUACUGAGUAGCAUGAUGUUGAUGAUCUCGCAUUGAAUUCCAUUGUUUACUGAAGCAACACACGUAGGAGACCACAGAGUCUCAAAGGAAGUCUAUAGUGGUAUAGUGGCAUAGUGGAAGCUAAAUUGAGUCUAUCAAAG